GAAAAAAGUGAGGUUAUGUAGAUUGUUUUGUUGCUGUUUUUCACUUUUACAAAAUAUUCCACAAUCCAGAUACUUACUUGAAUUUUAAUAAUCAAAUAUCCAGAACAUUCCAACAGAUCAUUCGAGUUUAUAAUUUCUGCAUAUGGAAUCCAAAAAAGAAUGUCAGACCAGAAUAAUGGAUUUCCUGAUUUCUUUUAUGUAACAGGCCCACUACCAUACAAAGUUACCCCAUUAGCUUUUGGGGAUAAAACUUGCUGGAAACUCACAUUGGAAACUUCAGAUAAACCUCAAGAACAAGAAAACCCUCAAUUAGAACCUUAUUUGGACAACGACGACGAUUUAAUAGAUUGCAUGGACAUGGAGGAAACCCAUAACAUUACUUAUACAAAAUCUGGCAAGUUUCAAACUUCAAUGUAUGUCCCUUCUAGCCUUUUUUCCUUUAUUAUUGGAGCCAAAGGCAGCAAAUUGAAGGCACUUCAAAACAGCACAAACACUUCAAUCAAAGUACCACGUAUAAAUGAAAAGGGAGACAUUAUAAUUGAAGGAAAUACUGAGAGACAAGUAGCUUCAGCUAAAACCCAAAUCGAUAUAAUAAUAGCACAGGGAAAAGAAAGAAUGCCUCCAACACAUUUUGUCUCUAUACCAAUCAAAUCAGAUAUGAUUAGUUCAAACUUAUUAAAAUUCAAAAAAAGUGUUUUAGAACAACCUGCAAGAGGAAUCACAGAGUCAAUAUUUCAAAAAGACGUUAAAAUGCAUUUGACUGUUGUUAUGCUCAAAUUAUUGGAUGAAGGCGAAGUUACUAGAGCCAUAAACAUUCUACAAUCUUGUUAUGCCAACCACAUUUCUAAAAUAUUUGAAAAACCUCAGAAAGCCAUUAUCCAAGGUUUGGAAAUAAUGAACGAUGACCCUUCAAAUGUUAAUGUUUUAUAUGCAGAAGUAAAAAUUCAAAAUCCAGAGAAGUUACAAACAAUGUGCGAUACUAUUGCAAAUUAUUUCAACAAAGCUGGCUUAGCUAAAAAGGAGUAUGACAGGGUCAAAUUGCACAUGACUGUAAUGAAUAAAAGUUUUAGGCACGAGAGUGAGCAAAAAAUGUCUUUUGAUGCAAGCAAAAUAUUGGAAAGUCACAAGGACUUUUAUUUUGGAGAGUUUGAAUUGAAUCAGUUGGAUUUGUGCAUUAGAGGAACUACCACUAGUAAUACUGGGGAGAUGAAAUAUUAUGAUACAGCUUUAACAAUUCAGUUAUAAUUUAUUUUAAACAAAAUAAAGUGCUAUAAUACUGUGUAAUAUAAUAUACAAAAUGUUUUACAUCUUAGUUAUUAUUGUUAACUAAUUGUUUGGCAGCUUUUAGCGUGUUGAACAUGAGCAUUGCCACUGUCAUGGGUCCCACACCUCCUGGCACUGGAGUUAUAUAACCA